AUGGCCCAGGCUCGAGUAUCUCUCAGGAUAGACCACCCUCUGUUAUUUGGCCCCAUUGGGGCUACUCCACCUCCAACUGGACAAUCCAAGACGUUCUAUCUUCUUGUCGAGGCAACAUUUGUCCCAAUAGACAUGAGUAGACUGUCCAGGUUAGCAUCAAAGAUGUGGAACCAAGUACCAGAGACUGAACGGCGUGCAUUGGAACAAUUGAGAGAACUUGUGACAAGGAACAGGAUGGUGAGAGAGAGUGACUGGGUAUAUGAAGAUCCGGGAGAGCGUUAUUUUAUAACAUUUUAG